CGACAACGUUAUUUCCAAAACAUCAAUUUAAUCAAAAUGUGAUAAAAAUAAACCAUUCCCAUCGCAAAAUGAUCACCAGUUUUUCAUUCGCUCUGUAAGUUAUUGCAAACUGUUAAUAAUGGGCAAUUCGCAAACGAAAGUAAGAAGUGGAGAUGAUUAUUUACGGGAUUAUUCCACAGAAGCGAACAUACCUGAACACAUUUCAAAACCCGCGUCGAAUAUAAUCUUAGCGAUAUGUGGCGAAAAUUACUAUCCGUGCCUAAUCAUGGGCUCGUCCAGGUGUAUCCCAAACGGUUACUUUGUAUAUUUUCUUCACAAUAUGGAAGAAAUGGACAUACCGUCGUCAAAUACCAUCGGCAAUUUUAGAGCCCUAUUGGAUUGCGAUAUAAGUUUUCUGGCAAACGGAAAACGUUUUUCCGGGACAGUAAGAUACGUGGCUAGUAACGAAAAUAACCAACCGAUGCAUUUUUAUGUAUGUUGCGAUAAAAAUUAUACAUGGGUAACACUGCCCAACCUAUUCUUGACGCGGGUUCAGGCAAACAAAUUAUUGAAUUGA